CAGAGUUUCGUGUGAAGUAGAAGCAGCUGCAGCGGAGUUAGUGAGUCCAGUCCAGUUCAGACCCUUUCAUACUGGUUCAGAGGGGGGGCCAUGUUUAGACCUCUGAAGAUUGUCCUCUUUGCACCAAAAUGUCUCCAGACCCGACGAUGCUCAGGCUUCGUCUCCAGGAUGAGGUAUUUGAACAGGCUGAAGGAGGAUGAUGAAGCGUGUGCUGCAGCACUGCAGGACGCUCACAUUUUUCUGUUCCAUCGUUUGUCUCCUCUUCUCCAACCCAACGGGAAAGGAACCUUCACACCAGCAGUACUCACCUGCCCAGACGUUCAGUCCAUCCUGGAAAGACUCGGCUCAGACCAAACCCUGCUGAAGGAGUCUGUUCUGAUUGGCUGUUCAGAACAGAAACAGGCUCAGUUCUGUCUGGACGUUGGAGAUCUGGAUCGGGCAACAGUAGAAGAAGAGUUUAAAGGAAAGUUCAUCGAUCUGAGGAAAGCUUUCUUUCUCCUGAGGGAAGCAGAGGCGCCCCUAGUGGCCAAGGGUCAGGCUCUGCUGCGCUGGCAUCAAACCAGCAGAUUCUGCAGCGCCACGGGUCAGCCCACCACAAGCAACCAGGCAGGAAGUCAAAGAGUCUGCAGCAGCAAUGGGAUUGUCUACUAUCCAAAGAUGUCUCCGGUAGUGAUCGUCCUGGUGUCUGAUGGGAAACGUUGUCUGUUGGGCCGACAGCCGUCCUUUCCUCCGGGGCUGUACAGCACUCUGGCUGGCUUCUGUGACAUGGGCGAGACUCUGGAGGAGACUCUGAGCAGGGAGUUGGCCGAGGAGGUGGGUUUGGAGGUCCACAGCGUCGCCUACAGCUCCUCUCAGCACUGGCCUUUUCCUCACAGCUCCUUCAUGGUGGGCUGCCACGCCUCUGUAAGCCCCGCCCACUCUCAGUUAAAGGUGGACCACACAGAGCUGGAGGACGCUCGCUGGUUCAGUCUGGAGGAAAUCUCUGCCGCCCUGCAGGUGAAGACUCCGUCCAGGAAAGGGGAUAACCCCGCCCUCUGGCUUCCUCCAAAACACGCCCUCGGCAACCGCCUCAUCGUUGAGUGGGCGGAACGCCAGAGACGCAGCAAGGAUGGAGGGUAACAGUCAAACUGUGGACACUCUGAGGAGCUACUAAUAUCCUCCAAACAGCCAAGAAUCAUCCAUAAUGAGACUACAGCAUGUGACAUCAUGCAGGACUGGAGGUCACAUGACGACCACGCCGAUUAAGAAACUUAAAAUCACUUACAGUUUAUAUGUUUGGAUGUAAACAAACUUUUAAAAAAACUUCAUAGUUCAUCAAACUGACUGAAUAACUUUGUUCUACUGUGACACAAAACGACUACCUCACUUUUUACUGACUCUGUUAGUAAGCUGAUGUUGUUUCAAUAAAACUGAAACGCCUCGUUUUUAUCAACUCUC